AUGGUGAAGGAUAUGGCCUUUUACGUUGGGAGCGCCAAGCUUACCGAGGUUGAAGUUGAUGCUAAGCUUCUGGGAGCCAAAUUAGUCCUCGUGAACUUCGCUCGGCUUUUCUCUCUCCGUCAACUGUCACCUUCUAGCGUCGACUCAUUAAAUUCGAUCAAUCGAUUUUCUUUCUCUCGAGACAUUCCAUGGGUUCUUAAGAUGCCGGAUUGCUCCAGCUUACGGCUGAACUUUCGUAAACGGUGGAUCAAGCGCAUUUUCAUCAAGAAGCCCGGUUGUGGCGUGUUCUACUUGAGAGUUGGGUUAUCUGUCUUUGUUUUAUUGUACAGAUCAGUUCAAUUCGAAGUCCUUUUGUACAUGUAUGCUCGAAACCAGUAA